CUUUAGUCCGCCCUCUUCUCAGAACACGUCGUCGAUCGAUCCUGGAUUAAUCCUCCAGCUUGACCAGCAUCAUCCAUGGCAGCGCUGGCUCAAGCAUUUGCGUACGCAUUGCGUCCAUUCGCCGAUGCUCUUACUUUCUUGACAACCACUCAAGUUCAUCCUACCUUGUUUCCUUAUCCAUGGGCUUCUACUCUCCAUGCAAUGCGGGUCUCCAUGGCUUAUCAAAACAAUAUGAGAAAAUCAGGAAGCAAGCUUUCCUGGGGAACUUACAUUGUGGGAUAUCUUAUAAUGUGCUGGGGAGGAAUGGUCCUUUCGCACACUCUGCUAUCCCUUCCGCCGCCAAUCCUAUUCUCGAUCCACCCAUACAUAAACUACAUCGUUCCUCACCUUGUUGUGACCCUGCUCUUCACCAUCUUCCCCAACAUCCUCACCAGUCCAAACCUUGAUCUCGUGUUAUUUCCCCUCGACGGUCUCCUCCGAGCCAACGCCGUAACAAGUACACUUGCCAUGAUCUCAUCCAACCCCGCCAUAGACAGCAAGCUAACUUCAUCGGCACUAUUUCACAUUAUCAUUGGUGCGGUCGUUUCUUGUGGGGGCGGCGCAUCAGCCGCUACUCUCAAGACGUGGACGUCAGAAUGGAGUUUUGGGACUCCCGUGUUUUUACGGAGCGGUGUAGGAUUUUGGGGAUCGUUGGACGUGUGGGCUGGUUCUCUGGUGGCUAUUGUGUAUAGCACAAUGACGAUUCAUCCGGCUUUUGAUGAGGUUGUGCCUUUCGAAGUGAGGCCGGCUUUCGCGCUGAGCUCACUAGGGGCAAAGGCCGUUAGCAGCUAUAUCUAUACGAUACUCUUCGGGUUGAGAGUGUGGAAGGCUAAGUUGACGCCCGCGUCAGUGGUAAAGAAGGGAAAGGGAAAGACCAAAACUCAGUAGACCGAAAGGCCGUAUUUUCUCGACCUUUUCAAUGUACAUAGUAGUCACCAAUUUGUGUACUGUAUGACGCAUAUAGAAGAAGAUACUUCAUAUGCGCCGCUGACCCUGCACUCUUCGUACAUGCUUUACAUCCC